CAGGAAUCCCACGCGACGUCACCAUAGGGUGACGUAAUGCUUCUCUAAAUAGAUCGUAUUGUAAUCUUUGCUCAGUCCAACGUGGUCCCUUCAGAAAGAGCGCUGCAUCUUCUCUACACUUCUGCGGUUUAUGAGGAGCUGGAGCGAGAGAUGAACUCCGAGCAGGAAAGGCCGUUCAUUUGCAGCGCUCCGGGCUGCUCUCAGCGUUUCCACACAGAAGACCAUCUAAUGAUUCACCGCCACAAGCAUGAGAUGACCCUCAAAUUUCCCCCCAUCAAAAAUGAUAACAUGCUAUCAGACCAGACGCCAACCCCAACACGCUUCCUGAAGAACUGUGAGGAGGUAGGACUGUUCAGUGAGCUGGACUGCUCCAUCGAGCAGGAGUUCUGCAAAGUCCAAGAGGAGGAGGACACCAAGCAGAACAUUGCUAUUCAUGCACAAGCCGGCCCCAACCAGCACCAGCAGCCUCACAGCCGAAUGUCCAAUCAUGAGAGCAGUAUAGUGAUCCAGCAAGCACUGCCAUCACCACAGUCCAGCUCAGUCAUAACGCAAGCGCCUUCCACCAACAGACAGAUCGGCCCGGUUCCUGGCUCUCUCUCUUCACUGCUACACAGAAACAGACAGCGACAGCCUCUGCCAGCCUCCAUGCCUGGCACUCUGCCGGACCCCACCAUGCAGGGAUCCUCCGCCGUGCUCAUGUCUAUGGAGAGACAAAUGUCCAUGGGCUCCAACAUAAUGGGCAUGCAAGGCCACACCCACAGCAGCUCCUGUUCCUCUCCUCAUGUACCAUCCAUGCAUUCAGAAGCAAAACUGAGACUGAAAGCUGCUCUGGCUCACCAUCCGGGUUCAAUAUCUAAUGGCAACAUGAAUACGAUGGGUCACAUGAUGGACAUGAUGUCGUCGCGGCAAGAACAGACCGGCCAUCACCAUUUGCAUUCUCACCCUCACCAGCAUAUGCAGGGCCCACCCCAUGGUUACCCACACCACGGCCAUCACCAUAGCCACACCCAGACAGGCCACCAUCACCCGCAGGGUCACGGGCACCAUAACUCUCAUCCGGGCCACCUACACCCUGCACAUGGACAUCAGACGUCUCCUCACGCACCAAUGCACCCCGCUGCUCCCCAGUUAUCCCCGGCUGCACAGCAAAUGCAGCCCACGCAGACGCUGCAGUCUGGACCACCCAGCGGGGGUCGGCGCCGGCGCGUGGUGGAUGAGGACCCAGACGAGCGCCGGCGCAAGUUUCUAGAGAGGAACCGGGCGGCUGCUACACGCUGCAGGCAGAAGAGGAAAGUGUGGGUGAUGUCUCUUGAGAAGAAAGCUGAGGAGCUCACCCAGACUAACAUGCAACUGCAGAAUGAAGUGAGUAUGCUGAAGAAUGAGGUGACUCAGCUCAAGCAGCUCCUACUGACACACAAAGACUGUCCCAUCACCGCCAUGCAGAAGGAAUCACAGGGUUACCUCAGUCCAGAAAGCAGUCCAGCAGGAAGUCCGACCCCUGUGACCCAGCAGCAGGUCAUCCAGCACAACACCAUCACCACGUCCAACACAGCCCCCAAUCACUGCACAGACAUCAACCCCAUCCACUAGAGACACUCUUUCUCUGUCUUAGACGCUCGAACAGCUGCACCGUGAGCUCCGUGAACAAAGGCACACCUCUGGGCCUCUGUGUCAGUUCUUUCUUCCAUAUGUAUUUGGUACAUGUAAAUCUCAUGAUUUUUUUUGUUUGUUUGUUUGUUUAGUAAUUUGAACAUAGUUUCAAAAGGAGGCUCAUCAAAAUGAAUCCAUUGCUGAACUUUUAAGCAUGACCUGUUCACAGAAAGUCACCGUGAUUUUACAUAUCAGGAGAGAGUUUGAGACUGUUGUGUUUUUGCGUGUUUUACUGAUUUUUUUUAUUCUUCUUUUUUUUUUUUUUUUUACUGAUUUUACUGACUGUCCCUCGAAUACUACUGCCUUCCCACGUAUGCAGCAUUCGAAUUGCAGCCUUGAUGUGUCCUUUCUCAUUGCUCUGAACUGUAAUGCCAAAAACAGCUGUUCCUUUUAUAUCUUUCUACCUACAAAUGAUUUAGGAGAAUUAAUUGUUCUGUCACACUUCCAGUCUCCUGUAAGGCGAUGAACUAAGAAAACCUAAUUGAGAAUCCAUUAUGUAUUGAUGACAAUAACGAUGUUAAAUGGAAGCAAUAUACAUCAGUCUGACGUAUGCUCAACAACUUAGCUGUCAUUUAUUUGCAUUUUACCAGUUUUAAUUCACAUCCCCACAUCAGCAUUAAAGUAGCUGCUUAGCUGGUGCUCGCCUGUGCUGUUUUCAGCGGUGGCCAUGAAUUUUUAAAUUAAGCUUGCAGUAUAUCAAGUAGUAUUAGAUUUGAUUUCGAGUGUCUGCCUUGUUGACCAUGCGUCAGAGUUAUGGUGAGGCCCACUGUUUAUGUGUGUGUAUGUGUGUGCGCGCGUGAAUCUCAUUGGCCGCUCUAGCCAUAUGCCGAAUCUCAGCACGGUGACACCCUGGAGACAUCUCUGCUUACUAAAAACCUCUGGGCCAUGUUACAAAGGCCUUCUGUAGAGAAAGAAAAUAAUGUAAUCACCAGUAAUCAGUGUUUGUUUAAACCUGCACGGCCAUUGUUCUUUUGCAUUAAUAUAAAGUUGAAAUCUACCCUUUUUCGAGCAUGGCCAGAUGAGUCUGUCUCCUGGUUGCUCUAUGAUUAUGCAGUAUGCAAUACGAUCAUACAGUCUAACAGACUCAACAGAUGUUGAUUAGAUUGUCUGGAUUGAAAGACGUCCAGAUCGGGUGCUUCGGAAAGCUUUAUGGGCAGCCCUGCCUCUCAAGGACCAAGCAAAGAAUUAAUAGAGGUCUACAGAUUUUCCUACAGCAGAUACGUCGGGGUCCGUAGGAGGUCAAAUCUGCCGCUGCACUGGAGAUCUUCAUACUGAUAGCAGCUUCUUAUCAUUCUAAGGACAUUCCAAUGUGAACCCUAUUUUUGCCCUUUGUAUCUUUGUACAAAAGACCUCUUUUACCUCAGGACUACAUAAUCCCAGACACGAAGCUGCCCACUGUAGCCACGAGAGGCUGAGCAGGCCUUGAACCCCUGAUGAGGUUGCAUUGAUUAACUGUCUCCCUUUAACGUCGACUCAUUACAGAGCGCUUUAGUUCAUUUGUCUGCCUCUAAGAGAAUGUAGCAUUUUACUAUUUCUAAACAGGUACCAAUCUAAACUAUGCUUUCCAACUCUCACAAUGUGCCUCAACUAUGU